AUGGCUCUCAUAUCAUUCCUUUUUUCGCCAUGGGUGGCUUUGGUUGCCCCUAUAUGGUUCAUAAUUUAUUACACAGUUCCUUAUUUCACAAACUAUCAUCCUUUGCAUCGAGUGCCCGGGCCUUUUAUCGCUAAAUUCAGUAAUAUAUGGAUCGGCCUAGGCGCCAGACGAGGCAAGAAGUUUGAUUUAAUCGAUAAAGCACAUCGCAAGUAUGGAAAAGUCGUUCGUAUAGGAUUCAACCACGUCUCAAUUGCAGAUGAGAAGGGAUUGAAUGUUGUAUAUGGCCAUGGAAAUGGAUUUCUUAAAGAGUAUGCUCCCCAUUUGCACAGGUUCCGCCGCAGGCGUGCUAACAGUCUCAAUAGCUAUUACUACGAAGCUUUCGUGGCACGAACUUAUGGGAUGUUUAACGUGCGCGACCGAGCAGAACACACCCGCAAGCGUAAAAUCAUUUCGCAUGCUUUCUCGCCCAGAUCAGUUGCCGAGUUUGAGCCGCAUAUGGCAGCCAAUCUCCAGCGAUGGGUUGUCCAAUUAGAUCGGAUUGCGACUUCUGAGCCGCCAACAGCGAAAAAUGGAGGCUUUUCUCGAUAUAAUGCUAUGCCCUGGUUUAGCUAUUUGGCCUUCGAUAUCAUCGGCGACCUUGCAUUUGGCUCUCCGUUUGGGAUGGUUAACAAAGGAAGAGAUGAGACUGAGGCCCAGCUUGUACCUGGGGGUCCUAUUAUAGUUGCUCCAGCUGUCGAUGUCUUGAAUCGGAGAGGCGAAAUAUCCUCCACUCUGGGCUGGCUGCCAGCAUUGCGUCCCUACGCUCGAUAUCUCCCUGAUCCAUUCUUCAGUAAGGGUGUUGCGGCUGUGGAGAGCCUGACCGGAAUAGCAGUGGUGGCGGUGUCUUCAAGAUUAGAUGCAGCAGAGAAAGGAAUGGUCGAUUCUCGUAACGAUAUUCUUUCCCGAUUAUUGCAAGCCAAGGAUGCGAACGGACAGCCCAUGGGACGGGAGGAACUUAUCGCAGAGGCCCUGACCCAGUUGAUAGCCGGUUCUGAUACAAUUUCUAACACAGCCUGUGGUAUCUUUUACUGGAUUCUACACGGAGAGCGCAGUGCUCCGAAUACAAUCAUACCCCGGCUACAAGAGGAGCUGGACAGGGCAAUUGGUCGGGAUGAGGAUAUUGCGUCUUACUUUCAAGUUCGAGAUCUACCUUUCCUGCGUCGUUGUAUCGAUGAGGGGAUGCGGCUGCAUUCCACGUCUGCGAUCGGUCUUCCGAGACUCGUGGCAAAUGAUGGACCAGGUGUUGAAUUUGACGGAUACUACUUCCCGCCUGGAACUGUGCUUUCGGUUCCAUCAUACACGAUUCACCAUAUGGAAGAGAUCUGGGGUAAAGACGUAGAAGAUUUCAAGCCUGACCGCUGGUUGAAUUUGACACCACGGCAGAAGAUUUGCUUCAAUCCUUUCUCAUAUGGACCGCGCGCAUGUGUUGGGCAGAAUGUCGCGAUUAUGGAAUUACAACUGAUUCUUGGGACGCUGUUCCAUCGGUAUGAAUUCGUUUUGCACCAGUCAAAAAUGGAAUCACAUGAGGGGUUUUCGAAGAAGCCGAAGGAAUGUUAUGUGGGUAUCAGACAAAGGAAUUGA